CUCGAGAUGAUAUUUAAUAGCAAGAUUUACGACGAGUAGACAACAGGCAUUAGCGCAUCAUUCAAAUGAUGUAUAAUAAAGCUGUGAGUUAUAAUAUGAUUGGUUUAAUUUAUUAAAUACUACGUAUUGUUUGACAUUUGACAUCGGGCAAUGUUUUAACAAAAGUUAAUUAAAGAUGGGUGAUAGUCUUCUGACAACGACUACUAGUAGUUUUGAACAUACGGUUAAUGGCCCCACAGGCGCUGACAACGACAUGGGACUGUCCAAUGCGACAGAAAAAGAAUUACUGGACCAACUGAAUGACGAAAUAAAAAGGGCAUUAACACCUGUUUCAGUUUUUGUUGGAAUUGAAGCUGUUGUGGGAUUUUUUGGAAAUUUAUUUGUGUUGUACGUUUUUAUAAAACGUUACCAUGAUUGUAACUUCCGGUACUUCGUGCUGUGCUUGGCUUUUCUAGACUUUAUCAGCACACUGACCACAAUUCCUGGGGAGAUUCUCACGCAGCAGUUCUGGUACAAGUACCCGUUUCCCAUCGUUUGCAAGAUCAAAUCUUUCUUUAACGUGUUCACGGUGUCAGGUGAGGCCUUAUGUCUAUGCAUAAUUGCCGUCGACCGCUACCGGAAAAUCUGUGCGCCAUUCAGAUGGCAGAUCAAGCCUCGCCAGGCGCUCAUCAUGUGCGGUGUCAUCUACGGAGCGGCGUUCAUCAUUUCACUUCCGGUCUCGUUUCUCUGGGGAAUCCACCAUGACAUUAGGAUAUACAAUGGAAGAAACGUUACUGUCACCAUCUGUGAAAAAGAUGCUAAAUAUGCAGACAGUAGACACCCAUUUGAAUACGCUACAUCUGUGGAGGUUUUAAUUGGGAUUUGCCUGAUCGUCAUGCUCAUUCUUUAUAUACUGGUAGCAAAGAAACUCAUCUUGGGACGCUCAUUGGCUCAAAUGCGCCAAAAUUCGAGAGUACCUAUGGUCAGCAAGACGACAGCGUUACAAACAAAAUUUAAACAACCUCCCGAGAUCAGCGAUGAAGUUGGUAUUUCUACUUCUGACGUACCGACUGGGAAUGAAAAACCAAACAAAGAAACAGAAAUGAGGUCUAUGGAUGACGAAAGUGAACCAGUUGACGUCAAUGAUGUCUGUCUCACGGACGCCGAAACAACGUGCGAGGGUGGGACGUCGGAGGAACGAAACAAAAAACGGGUGCGACGUCGACGUCGAGAAAUAGCGAGACGCGUUCGCAGGAAAACAUACAUCAUGUUUGUUCUGACUAUCAUAUUUAUUGUCACAACAAUUUUGUAUUUGACGUUAUUAGCGUUCAUAUCAGGAGGUAUCUUAAACGGUUUAAAUGACUAUGAGAUGGCAGUGUAUUUCUUCUUCUUCAGGCUUGUUUUCAUAAACCAUGCUAUCAACCCUUUCGUGUACGGCUGUCUUGAUCCUCAGUUCAAACAAAUACUAGGAGACAUGAAAAAUGUGUUUAAAAAAGGUCGGAAAGGGUAAUAAUACUGUAUGCGUGUUCUUUAUUUUCAACGAAACUUGUGUUAUUCCUAUUAUACUCACCGUUAUGUGCAUACAAAUGGUUUGCUAAUUACAAUUAACAAUUGCGUAUAUACAAACAGAGUGCGCGUAGAAGACGAUAUUGUAACCAUAUUAAAACAGAGCGAGCUAACAAGACAAGUUUGUUGCUAUCUAAUACAAGGACAAUUCCAGAGAUGAGUGGAGGGAGGGGGGGGGGGUGCACACGUAAACACUCCCCUCUCCCCUUGUCUGAUUUAGAUGUACAAUCAAAUUAAUCAAAUUGAUUUAUAAACAUUGAUUGUGUGAUCAAAUGGAUAUAAGUGUUCAAUAUUUUCAUUUUCCAUGUCAUUUUCAACAAAUGUUGUAUUACGAGCGAAUUCUAAAGUGAACUUUCAAUUUUUCCCAACAUAAUGAAUCAUCGUAACACAUUCACGUUACUUUUCGUUCGGGAACAAUUCCAAAUGGCCCGUUUAUUAAUACAAUUAUAUACAUUGCACAACCAAAUUAUGCAUGUCUAGAUAUCAACUCUGUGUACAUUUAAGACAAUAUCUUUUUUAUAAAGAACCAAAAUGUUUUUUUUUAUUUAAUCAUUUAUUUAUGAGUGAGUAUCUUUUAUAAUUUUGUCGGUAAUAUUUUUCCAAUAGUAUAUCAAUUGAACUUGAUUGAUGAAAGAUAUUUUAAAACGUACACGCUAAAUCUUUUGGAAACACAAUAUCAAUCAUAUUAUAUUUUCCUUAUUUUGUGACAAAUAUAUAGCAAAUGAGACUUACUGGGUUCAGUUUAGAGCGCCAAAGCUCUAUGAAAAUGGUGUUGUGGACAAAGUUGGUUCAGUAAAGAGUGGUAAACAUCCAUGCAAAUGGUGUUCUAAACUAAAUUGGUUCACUGAAGAGUUUUUAACCUCUGUAAAUAUGGUGUUCUGGGUAUACAGACUUACGUCGACUUUGAUGUUGAUAAUAAUUUUCUGCGAACAUAUUAAUUUCAAAAUAAACAGUGCUAAUACUA